AUGGCCAAGAGAAAGAGACAAGCGGCUGCCACCAGCGAACCGGCUGUGGAGCCUGUAACCGCCAAGAAAUCAAAAACUGUGGAAGAAAAGUCAAAGCCUGCAAAGAAGAGUACAAAGACCAAGGUUGUGGAAGAGACAAAGUCGAAAUCAGCACCGAAAAACACGACCUUUGUGGAGGAAACCAUUCAGAUUGUCGCGGGAUCAUACGACCGAGUGCUCCAUGGAUUGACGGCCGCAAUUGGCACCAAAGGUGACGUCGAAUUCGCGGAUACAUUCCUCUUCAAUGCGCACUCAUCAGCCAUUCGAUGCGUUGCCGUGUCCCCCCCCUCGGCUCCCGCGCCGGGCCAGACGCAAAAAGUCUUGCUUGCAACGGGUAGCACGGACGAGCGAAUCCACGUAUAUAACCUGUCGGCGUAUGCUCCGAGCAAGAAGAAGGGCGAUAUGCUGGCUGGCGUUGCGCCGAGACCGAUCCAGGAGAACGCCAAGAACAGAGAGCUGGGAACGCUGCUACAUCACGACUCUACGAUUACGUCGCUGGUGUUCCCCACGAGGUCAAAACUGCUGUCGGGCAGCGACGAUUCGACGAUUGCCGUGACACGCACGCGAGAUUGGUCCAUGCUGAGCAAUAUCAAGACGCCGAAGCCGACUGCGCAUGGCCGACCGACGGGUGACACCGCGCCGUUUGGAGGCACCCCGGCUGGCGUCAACGACUUUGCGAUUCAUCCGAGCAUGAAGCUCAUGAUUAGCGUCGGUAAAGGCGAGAGGUGUAUGAGACUGUGGAACCUUGUUACGGGAAAGAAGGCGGGCGUGCUGAGUUUCAGCAAGGAGAUGCUGAGGGAGAUUGGAGAGUCCAAGCACUCGAGCGGCGAGGCGCGGAGAGUAGUCUGGGGAACGGCGGACGGCGCGGACGAAUUUGCCGUUGGAUUUGACCGGGAUGUGGUUGUUUUUGGCAUGGACAGUGUGCCCAAGUGCCGGGUUAUGCCGACGACAAAGGUCAAGAUACAUCAUUUUAGCUAUGUCACGCUGGAUGAGGAGACGGGAGAGGCGCUACUGGCUGUGGCGACUGAGAAUGGGCGCAUCAUGUUCUUCUCAACAAAGGCGGACGACUUGAAGAAGCCUGAGGAAUCAGAAUCGUCAGAGACUCUGCCUGUGGCCAAGCUUGUUGGCUUCGUCGGUGGAGAGGGCGUUUCCGGCAGAAUCAAGGAUUUCGUCACGAUACCUAGCACGGCUAACCCGGGGACGCUGUACGUGGUGGGAGCAAGCAGUGAUGGACAGAUUAGGCUGUGGACGGUGCAGGUGGACGAGCUGCGAGAUCUGGCGAAGAAGGACAAGGCGGAGGGGAAGCCUGUUGGUGUGUUGAGGGGCACGUUGGUGACGCAUAAUCGGGUUACGUGCAUGGCGGCGUUUUUGAUGCUGGAGAGGCCGGAGGGGGUGGAGGAUAGUGAGGAUGAGGGAGUUGAAGAUGAGGAUGAAGAUGAGGAUGAUAGUGAGGAGGAGGAGGAUGAGUGA